UGUCCGCGGCCGCCCGGGCCCUUGCCUUCUCGCCCCUCCGCCUCCGGCCGGCCCGGGCUCCGGCCUCAACAUGUCGUACAACUACGUGGUGACGGCGCAGAAGCCCACGGCCGUCAACGGCUGCGUGACGGGUCACUUCACUUCUGCUGAAGACUUGAAUCUGCUCAUCGCCAAAAACACCCGUCUCGAGAUCUAUGUGGUCACUGCAGAAGGGCUGCGGCCUGUUAAGGAAGUGGGCAUGUAUGGCAAGAUUGCUGUUAUGGAGCUUUUCCGUCCAAAGGGCGAGAGCAAGGAUCUGCUCUUUAUCCUGACGGCCAAGUAUAAUGCCUGCAUCCUUGAGUACAAGCAGAGUGGCGAGAGCAUUGACAUCAUCACCCGAGCUCAUGGCAACGUCCAGGAUCGGAUCGGUCGUCCUUCUGAGACUGGGAUUAUUGGCAUCAUUGACCCUGAGUGCCGGAUGAUUGGCUUGCGCCUUUAUGACGGUCUCUUUAAGGUCAUCCCUUUGGACAGGGAUAAUAAAGAAUUGAAAGCCUUCAACAUUCGCCUGGAGGAGCUCCAAGUCAUUGAUGUCAAGUUCCUGUAUGGUUGUCAAGCCCCUACCAUCUGCUUUGUGUACCAGGACCCCCAGGGACGGCACGUCAAGACCUACGAAGUGUCUCUUCGGGAGAAGGAAUUCAAUAAAGGCCCCUGGAAGCAGGAAAAUGUGGAGGCAGAAGCUUCAAUGGUGAUCGCAGUCCCCGAGCCUUUCGGAGGUGCGAUCAUUAUUGGCCAGGAGUCCAUCACCUACCACAACGGCGAUAAGUACCUGGCCAUUGCCCCUCCCAUCAUCAAGCAAAGCACGAUUGUGUGCCACAAUCGAGUGGAUCCAAAUGGAUCUCGAUACCUGCUGGGAGACAUGGAAGGCCGCCUCUUCAUGCUUCUCCUAGAGAAAGAGGAGCAGAUGGACGGCACCGUGACCCUCAAGGAUCUCCGUGUGGAGCUUCUUGGAGAGACCUCCAUUGCCGAAUGCUUGACGUACCUCGACAACGGGGUUGUGUUCGUUGGCUCUCGCCUUGGCGACUCUCAGCUCGUAAAACUCAAUGUGGACAGCAAUGAGCAAGGCUCCUAUGUUGUGGCCAUGGAGACCUUUACCAAUCUAGGCCCCAUCGUGGACAUGUGUGUGGUGGACCUGGAGAGGCAGGGCCAAGGGCAGCUGGUCACAUGUUCAGGGGCUUUUAAGGAAGGCUCUUUGCGGAUCAUCCGGAACGGGAUUGGGAUCCACGAACAUGCCAGCAUUGACCUGCCAGGCAUCAAAGGCUUAUGGCCUCUGAGGUCCGACUCCGGCCGAGAAACGGAUGACACGUUGGUGCUGUCCUUUGUGGGCCAGACGAGAGUUCUGAUGCUGAACGGAGAAGAAGUGGAGGAGACCGAGCUGACGGGCUUCGUGGAUGAUCAGCAGACUUUUUUCUGUGGGAAUGUGGCUCACCAGCAGCUGAUCCAGAUCACCUCGGCCUCUGUGCGCCUGGUUGGCCAGGACCCAAAAGCGUUAGUGAGUGAAUGGAAGGAACCCCAGGGCAAGAACAUCAGCGUGGCCUCGUGUAACAGCAGCCAGGUGGUGGUGGCUGUGGGCAGGGCCCUCUACUAUCUGCAGAUUCACCCUCAGGAGCUCCGGCAGAUCAGCCACACGGAGAUGGAGCAUGAGGUGGCGUGCUUGGACAUCACCCCUCUGGGGGACAGCAACGGGAUGUCUCCUCUCUGUGCGAUUGGCCUCUGGACCGACAUCUCAGCCCGCAUUUUGAAGCUUCCCUCUUUCGAGCUCCUGCACAAGGAGAUGCUUGGGGGAGAGAUCAUCCCUCGAUCCAUCCUGAUGACCACCUUCGAGAGCAGCCACUACCUGCUCUGCGCCUUGGGAGAUGGCGCCCUCUUCUACUUCGGGCUCAGCAUCGAGACGGGCUUGUUGAGCGACCGCAAGAAGGUGACUCUGGGGACUCAGCCCACAGUCCUGAGAACGUUCCGCUCCCUCUCCACCACCAAUGUCUUUGCUUGUUCUGACCGCCCCACUGUCAUCUACAGCAGCAACCACAAGUUAGUCUUCUCCAAUGUCAACCUCAAGGAGGUCAACUACAUGUGUCCCCUCAACUCAGAUGGCUAUCCUGACAGCCUGGCCUUGGCCAACAAUAGCACCCUCACCAUCGGCACCAUUGACGAGAUCCAGAAGCUGCACAUCCGUACGGUUCCUCUCUACGAGUCCCCCAGAAAGAUUUGCUACCAGGAAAUGUCGCAGUGCUUUGGGGUUCUCUCCAGUCGGAUCGAGGUGCAGGACGCCAGCGGAGGGACGACAGCCCUGAGGCCCAGUGCCAGCACCCAGGCCUUGUCCAGCAGCGUCAGUUCCAGCAAGCUGUUCUCCAGCAGCACAGCCCCUCACGAGACGUCCUUCGGAGAGGAGGUCGAGGUGCACAACCUUCUCAUCAUCGACCAGCACACCUUUGAAGUGCUUCAUGCCCACCAGUUCCUACAGAACGAAUAUGCCCUCAGCCUGGUCUCCUGCAAGCUUGGCAAAGAUGCCAACACCUACUUCGUUGUGGGCACUGCCAUGGUGUAUCCUGAAGAGGCAGAGCCCAAACAGGGGCGAAUCGUCGUUUUCCAGUACUCUGACGGCAAACUGCAGACUGUAGCGGAGAAGGAAGUCAAAGGUGCUGUGUAUUCCAUGGUGGAAUUCAAUGGGAAGCUCCUGGCCAGCAUCAACAGCACGGUGCGACUCUACGAGUGGACCGCAGAGAAAGAACUUCGCACAGAGUGCAAUCACUACAACAACAUCAUGGCCUUGUACCUGAAGACAAAGGGGGAUUUCAUUCUGGUUGGCGACUUGAUGCGUUCAGUGCUGCUUCUCGCCUACAAGCCCAUGGAGGGCAACUUUGAGGAGAUUGCUCGGGACUUUAACCCCAACUGGAUGAGUGCUGUAGAAAUCUUGGAUGAUGACAAUUUUCUGGGGGCUGAGAAUGCUUUUAACUUGUUUGUGUGUCAGAAGGAUAGUGCUGCCACCACUGAUGAGGAGCGACAGCAUCUGCAGGAGGUGGGGCUCUUCCACUUGGGGGAAUUUAUCAACGUAUUCUGCCACGGCUCACUGGUGAUGCAGAACCUGGGGGAGACGUCCACCCCGACGCAAGGCUCUGUGCUCUUUGGCACUGUCAACGGCAUGAUCGGCUUGGUGACUUCCCUGUCAGAAAGCUGGUACAACCUCCUUUUGGACAUGCAGAACCGACUCAACAAAGUCAUCAAAAGCGUCGGCAAGAUCGAGCACUCCUUCUGGAGAUCGUUCCAUACCGAGCGCAAGACGGAGCCAGCCACAGGUUUCAUUGACGGGGACCUGAUCGAAAGUUUCCUGGAUAUCAGCCGCCCCAAGAUGCAAGAAGUUGUGGCCAACUUACAGUAUGAUGACGGCAGCGGUAUGAAGCGAGAGGCCACCGCAGAUGACCUCAUCAAAGUUGUGGAGGAGCUGACUCGGAUCCAUUAGCCCCAUGGCCGGGAUCCAACCUUCCUAGAACCUCCCUCCAUGUUUUGAGCCUGGAGUCUUCCCCCACCCCCUUCUUUCUUUAGUAGAGGGGGGGGAACCCUUUCCCCAAGCCAGCUGUCCAACGGCCCCAAAAGCCACAGUUUGCCCUGUGUGGAAAUGGGGUCAUUCUUGGAGCUGAAGCCAGCUCACUAGGGAGAUUGGAAAUGGGCUGGGGGUGACAAUACUUUCACGCCUGGGUUUUCACCUGUCCCACAGUUCAACUGUCACCGGGGACCACCAAGCCUUGGUCUUGGCCAAUUCUCCUCUUUCCAGGGAGGGAAUUCCUAGCUCUUCGGCUGAGGGGAAGAACCGUGACUCUCGCUCAUUCACUGUUCUCUAGGAUCUUUUGGGGGGGUGGGCGGGGUUCAUUGUCUUUGAAGCCAGGGCCUCCUUUUGCCUUCCCACUGCUGCCUCUGAGAGCUUCACUUGUUCAGCCCUUGACCGGUAGGCAGGGGGGUGACCGAGAUCUUGGGUUAUCCCAAGCUGAAGACAGGGCUCCCUUGGGGAGCUGCUGCCUUCAGGGACAAAGGAGAGUGGGGGAAGCAAAUGGGUUGUUGGCUUCUGAGUUUUACCAAAUAAAGUAGAAUCCAAGAGGAAA